AUGCAACAACGGCAAAAAUUCAAACUCCCGCCAAGGAGAAGAAGACUGAAAAAACGUCAUUUACUAGCGGACAGCCGCAAUUCGACCUUUUGCCGGGUUCGCGGCGCGGCUGCAACGCGGCUUAGCGCCUGCGCCUCUCACUUUGCUCACUCUUUCGCAGCCGGCUGUCUGAACGGGCGGCCGACCACUGGCAGUUCAAUUCGAAUUUCUGUUCUCUUCUCCGCUUUCUUAUCGCUUUUCUUCUUCUUUUUAGCCGGUUGCAUCUUGAAUAUUGUUCUAUUUAUCAGUUUCUGAGGCUUCUGCAGUAUUACAAGGACACUGCACAUGCUUGAAAGCUUUCCAAUGUCCAUUUAAAUUUGCAAGUUUGAACUUUUUCUUUUGCUUUGAAAUGGCGAGCUUCUCGUUUGGCGAAGUAAAGCUCACUUUUUAUUUAUUUUUUUUCCAUUAUUUUGCGUACUUUUGAAAGAAUACAGUAAAAAAGAAUAUCGAGAGAUUCUUCCUUGAAGUUUAAAGUUUUCCAAAAAAGUUUGCACUUUCUCAAAUUUCUAUGUUUCCUUCGUUUCUUCGAUUAUUCUCGAUUCGAAAUAUUGAGUUCUAGAUCAUUUUUCAGCUAUGGCCCCACCAACCUUCGCUGAUCUCGGAAAGUCCGCCAAGGACCUCUUCAACAAGGGAUACAGUUUCGUUUUAGCUAUUCUUCUAAAACAAGAAAUUAAUUUUCAGACUUUGGCUUCAUCAAGGUUGAUACGACGACGAGAGCCGGCGACGCGAAGGAGGUCGAGUUCAAGACCGCUGCCGCCCACAACCUCGGAUCCGGCAAGCUCGGAGGAAACUUGGACGUCAAGUACAAGAUUCCCCAGUAUGGUAAGCUUCUUUUCACAUUUUACUGUUUUUUUAAAUUUUUCUAUUUCUGUUUCCUCAUCGUUGAACUUCUGAAAGCGUCAUGACAUUUUUUCUUGAUUUUCAUCGCGCAUCUUCAAAAAUGAAACAGUUUUUUUUUUCUUUUGAAGCAGUAUCGGGAUAAGUAUCAUGUUCUGCUGAAUUUCAGUCAAUGCUCAAUUUGGUGAUUUUGAAAAAAAAAGAGCGGUUUCUUUUUUAGACUGGUUUGAUUCAAUUUUUUUUUUUGCUGAUUGGUAGUUUAGUUUCAUGACCAUCGAAACAAUUUAUCUAAUUUUUUACGAAAGAAAAAGUGUCUGAUGCAGUAAAUACCUUGUACUCUUGUGUAAAAUUGACGUCAUCACGGGGGGCAUUGCCGCAAGAAAUGUUUGUUCUUUGCGCUCUCUUAGCAUUUUUCUCUCACCUAUCACACAAAACAAACAACUUUGAUUAAGGAGUCACUUUGACGGAGAAGUGGAACACGGAGAACCAACUCGGCACCGUUAUCGAGGUCAACGAGCAGUUCGGCCGCGGACUGAAGCUCACUCUUGAUUCUUUGUACGCGCCGCACGCCGGAAAGCGAAGCGGAAAGCUGAAGGCCGACUGGGCCCUCCCCACCGCCCGUGUAAGUCUUAUUUAUUUUCUCUUCGAUCAAAAAGACGCCAAGCUGAAGAUUAAUUACUCGCUGCCUAAUUUGAAGGUUAUUUUAAUUUAUUUUUUUGUAAAUUUUAGAUUAAUUUGAAAAAUUCAGUUUGGAACUUUUCAGAAUAUUUAGAUUUAUUUUCCUAAUACUUAUGAAAUAAAAGCUUAGGAGCUUUAAUCUUUCAAGUGCUCGUCCGAUUAUUAACAUGUUUGGAUAACAGAUUACCGCUGAUGUUGCCUUGACUUCUGCCCCGGUUAUCAACGCCGCCGGAGUCUUCGCCCGUGAAGGAUGGCUUUUCGGAGCUAACGCCACUUUUGACACUUCCACCAACAAGGUACCUUUAAAAAAAGCUAUUUAUCCAUGAUAUUUUUUUUCAGUUGGCCUCGACUUCUUUGGCUUUCGGACACUCGACCGCCUCCUACACCCUCCACUCUUUCGUCGUCAACUCGACCGACUUCGGAGCUUCCUUGUACCAUAAGGUCGCCCCCAACGUCGAGCUCGGAACUCAACUCGGCUGGAAGGUUCAUUUUUGCGACUAUUUUUGUAUUUAUUAUGUUUUUUUCUUUGUUUGUUUCUAGUUUGAUAGAACAAUGAAGUAAAAUAGGCAAAAAUUUAGAAAAAGGAUGCGUUUUUUCAAGUUGAUGUAUUUUUCGCGUGAUUUGAAACAUUUUUUUUUACAAGGGAAGUUAAAUAGGCUUUGUUCGAAAGUUCUCUGAAAAUUUGCUUAAUAAAAUAGGUUAUAUCAUAUUCUAACCCCUUGAAGUUCGUACUCUAGCCUUUUAGGGAAGAAGAGGAGGAUUUUCGGUCAACUUUAGGGGUCACAAGGCAGAAAAAAGUGAAAUUUUCUGUUCUGGAAUCAGGAAAUUAACGAUUUCAUCCUAGCCAGAAUUCGAAAAAAUAGUAAGAGGGCUUCAUUUCGAAAACUACAACAUCUGUAACUUUAACUUUUUUUUUUCCUUCUCAGGUUGGCGGAAACGGCGCCGACUUCGCUCUGGCGGCCAAGUACUCGCCGAACCGCGACGUUACCCUUCGCGGAAAGCUCAACAACAGCAGCCAGGUGGCCGUCGCGGCGACUCACUCGCUGUCGCCAGCGCUCAAGCUCACCCUCUCCACUCAGUUCAACUUGGCCACCAACGACGCCCACAAAUUCGGUCUCGGACUCGAGUUCGAGCAGUAA